AUUGAUUUGUGUUUAAAUUUGAGAUGGGUUUUUCGAAAAAGCAUCAACCAAAUGGAAGCCUAGAAUCCAAAGGCAAGAAAUGGAUGAUUGCAGGAAUUGCGAUUUUUGUUUUUUUUUUGUUUUCUGAUAUCUCUAUUUUAGUUGUUUAGAUUUAUGUUAGAUGAGUACAAUAUAUAUUUAUAUAAUGGAUAUUCUAGUUUAGUUCAAGAUAUUUGCUUAAUGGAUAUUUUUUUUAAUUUCUUACGUGUUGGACCUCAUCACUAGCAUUAUGGACUUGGAACCACGCUCAACUUUUCAGAAAAGGUGUAUUUUGGACCAUUAAAGAGUCUAAAUAGUAUUUUUUUAUAUAUUUUUAAUUAGUUUGAUAAAAUUAGCAGUCAAACCUAAUAAAUUAAAAAAAUAUAAAAACAAAAAUAAAAAUUAACAUAUUUGAAAAUAUGCAUAAUUAAGUAGAAUAUUUUUAAAUUUUUUUGGAUGUAUUUAUUAUAACAUGGGGAGUUUUUUUUUUUUUUUUUUUUUCACUUUAUUAAUAAUAUACACAAAAGUCAAAACAGGUAUGGUACCAAAUGGAAGUUUUCUUAUCGGUUUUCUUACCGUUGUAUAGCCCAUGGACCCACCACCUUCGCCGAAAAAAUUUGAAAAAUCGAAAGCACUGUCUCCCCAACGGCUCAUUCCUUGAACCCCUUUAAUCAACAACCAAGAAACCCUCUCUUUAUAGCUUACUGACUCUGUCUUCUCUUUUUUCUCUCACUCAAAAACCCUAAAAACUUCUUCCAAAUCCACACAAACAGUUGGAUCAUGGAUUCAACACCGCCAUCUCAUCAAUCCGAUCCCAGGUCACGCAUCAAAUCCGCCUCUCGCCUCUCUCGAAUCACCCAUUUCGACGACGAAAGCGAUGAAACCCCUCAACAUUCUCUGCAUUUGGUCCCUUCUUCACCCAAGAUUGCUGCAAAUCUCUCACCAUCUUCUCCCUCGCCGAGACCUCCCAAUUCUCUCCCCAUUCGCGAGCUCUUACUCCUCUCGCCUUCUCCUCUCCGGCGCUCCAAGACCCGUCUCGCCGAGAGACUCGAAUCGGCCGAGGAACCCGUGGACCCAUCUGGGCCACGCCGGAGACACAGGACCCGAAAUGGUGCAACGGGUGUGUUGGGAUGUGCUUCGCCGAGGGGUGCUCGGAGGUCGCGGAAGCGAUUGGAGCAAGAAAUUCGAGAAGAGAAGGACUUGGGUAUGGCGGAGGAGAUGCCUAAGGCUAGAAAAAGACGGCACAGUGGUCGGCCCAAGAAGGACAAGUUGAGUUUGGUUCCAUCAAAUCCUUCCCCAAAAACAAAUGAUUGGGAUCGAUGUAAUCUUGAUCGAGUAGGACAGCUGAUAAUUGAUCUGAUCAUAUGGAAGGACAUGGCAAAAUCAACCCUUUGGUUUGGUUUUGGGUCACUCUGUUUCCUAUCUUCCUGUUUUGCUGGAGGAAUCAACUUUAGCAUUUUCUCAAUGAUAUCUCAAUUGAGCCUUUUGUUUUUGGGUGUGUCAUUUUUUUCAAAUUCCAUAUGUCAAAGGGAUAGUAUUGAAAAUAAGCCUGAAUUUGAGCUGAAGGAAGACGAUAUUUUGCGAGCAGCUAGAUUAUUACUUCCAGCAGCAAACCUAGCUCUUUUGCGGACAAGAAGGCUUUUUUCUGGGGAACCAUCCAUGACCCUCAAAGUAGCACCAUUUCUACUUAUGGGAGCUGAGUAUGGCCAUCUCAUAACCCUGUGGAGGCUUUCUGCACUUGGGUUUUUCAUUAGCUUCACUGGCCCAAAACUGUACUCAUGUUACUCUGUUCAGAUGAACAAGAGAGUUGAGUGCUUCAAAUGGUGGGUGUUGGAAGCAUGGGGGGCUUGCUCUCACAAGAAGUUUGUGGCUGCAUCAGCUGUCACAGCCUUUUGGAAUCUGACUUCCAUUAAAACACGUAUAAUCGCAGCUUUUAUAUCCCUGGUAAUACUCCGAUACUAUCGACAACAUUCAAAACUGAAAGAAGGGGAAGCAGAAGAAGGAGAACAAGAGCAGCAGCAUCAGGCAUUGGUUGUCGUAGAAACAGGAUCCCAGAAGUGUUUGUAGAAAAGUUCAACAAGGAAGGGACAAGUUCAAAUUGGGAGGGGGAAUGGAAUGAGAAGGGACUGUGUUAUCCACAGUGAAAAACUCGAGUUCAAUUGAGAGAGAGAGGAAUGAUGCCUGGAUCCAGUGUCCCGUAUAGCACUUGUUCUUGUAGCACUUGAUGAUCAGUUCAUCUGAGCAGACAAUUUGAUUCAAUAUAAUUUUUUGUUUUUCAUUACCAAAUA